AGUUGAUUUACAUCUCUCUCGCUCUGGCUCUGGCUCUGGCUCUCGCUCUCGCUCUCAGAGGUCUGUCUCUUUAUAGUUCGAAUCUUUCGGAACAGUGAAGAUGCAGCUGACCCUUGAAUUCGGGUUCAUGUGCAUUGCCUUCUAUGGCUACGACCACAAACUUUUUAUGAAAUGACCAAACAGAACGGAGGACUAGAACUUCUCUGUGAUUCUGUCAAGAUCCAUAACGUCAAUGUUGAUGCACAAGAUGGAGAAGACCAGUUAACCAUGAAAGACUUGCUUGCUUGGCUUCGUACCAAUUUGAUCAAGGAGAGACCUGAAAUGUUCAUGAAAGAAGAUUCUGUGAGACCUGGUGUUCUGGUCCUAGUGAAUGAUUGUGAUUGGGAACUUAGUGGGCAACUUGAUACAACACUAGAAGAUGAAGAUAUGGUGGUUUUCAUUUCAACCUUGCAUGGUGGAUAGUCUCAAAUGUUGUAUGUUGUCUUCUUGAUUGGUAUUGUACUUAAUGAUCGAGAUUAUUGUGGUUUAACACAAACAAGCUUGUUUGCUAAUUCGUCCUUUAGCAAUGUUAUAUUGAAAAGAAAGGGCAUGUUUGGCUGUUUCUCAGCCUAGUAUUUAUGGGUUUUUGUAAUUCAUAACAAAGUGUAUGAUAUUGCUUGUGCUUGGUGAA